AUAAAGGCACCUCGCGUGCGCGCCUGAUCUCCAUCUAAAAGUUAAGUGGUGACGUGAGAGGCGACCACGGAGCACCGAGUCAAUAAAAGACAGAACAAAGUGCCAUUGUUUCGGCAGCAAGUGGACAAACAGCAAAGAUGGACGGCGUGUUGGACCCCUUCUCAGCACUUGACUCUUUCUCCUCCCCGCCGUAUUUCAACGAUGACGACUUUUUCACCGACCAUUCCUCGAGGGACGGAAACUUGGAUAAUGAUGACUUCUUGGACGAUGACGUCGAUUUUUUCACCAGUCAUUUUCAAGACUAUUACAACAAGGAGGGCAGCAACAGAAUCGGCCACGGUCCUGAUGGCGAGUACGACAUUGGCAACCUGUCCUUCUCCUCUUCCUCGUCCACACUCUCCUUCAGCUGCGCAGACAGUAUCCCGGAACUGUCCCCUCACGGUGGGCCCCUGCUGAAAAGGCGGCGGAGGAUGAGGUCAGACAUGGAGAUGCAGCAGCUCAGGCAGGCGGCCAACAUUAGGGAGAGGCGGAGGAUGCAGUCAAUUAAUGACGCAUUCGAGGGGCUGCGCUCACACAUCCCCACCUUGCCUUACGAGAAGAGACUUUCGAAAGUGGACACACUGCGUUUGGCCAUCGGUUACAUCAACUUCUUAGCUGAGCUGGUGCAGUCAGACCUGCCCAUCCGGAACUCUGGCAGCGACGCGCAUGUGCAACCUAAGAAAGUCAUUAUUUGCCACAGGGGAACAAGGUCUCCCUCCCCGAGUGACCCCGACUUUGGUCUACCCCCUCUGGCUGGUCACUCUUUAUCUUGGACAGAUGAGAAGAAACUUCGGGACCAGAAUAUUAUCCGCACAGCCAAGGUGUGGACCCCGGAAGACCCCCGAAAACUGCACAACAAAUCGGUCCUCACGGAUAUAGAGAACGAACCUCCUCUCGGCUUGGUGGCCUAAUAUGACAAAACAAAAUAUUUUACGAGGAGACCAUGAAGUGGAUAAUUUAUGUGAAUCUGGUGAUGAAUU